UGUUCUUUCUGUUCACCGAGGACUGAACAUCAUGAAGAACCACCGUGCUUUGAUCGCCGCCACGGCCGCGAUGGCGCUGCUGUGCCUGGCCGUGGCCGACCCCGUCCCUUACGGCGGCGGAAGGAAGGGCCACGGCGGGUCAGGGUCAGGCUUUAGUGGCGGUGGAAGUGGCUCUGGUGGAUCGAGCUUUGGAAGUGGUGGAAGAGGCUCUGGUGGAUCAUCUUUCGGCAGCGGUGGAAGAGGCUCUGGUGGAUCAUCUUUCGGCAGCGGUGGAAGAGGCUCUGGUGGAUCGAGCUUUGGAAGUGGAGGAUCAGGCUUCGGCAGCGGUGGAAGAGGCUCUGGUGGAUCAUCUUUCGGCAGCGGUGGAAGAGGCUCUGGUGGAUCAGCUUUCGGCAGCGGUGGAAGAGGCUCUGGUGGAUCGAGCUUUGGAAGUGGAGGAUCAGGCUUCGGCAGCGGUGGUGCAGGAUCUGGGAGUGGAGGCUCGGGUUUCGGAAGUGGAGGACUGAGCGGCUCAGGCGGAUCAAGCUUUGGUAGCAGUGGCCAGAAGUACAGCGGUAGUGGAAGUGGUGGCUCUGGCAGCGGAGGCACUGGAGGUAGCACUGGUUUCGGAGGCACUGGAGGUAGCACUGGUUUCGGAGGCACUGGAGGUAGCACUGGUUUCGGAGGCACUGGAGGUAGCACUGGUUUCGGAGGCACUGGAGGUAGCAGCGGCUUCGGAAGCACUGGAAGUCACGGAGGUGGAAGUGGAAGCAGCGGCACCUUCGGUACCGGUGGCAGUAGCUUUGGUGGAAGUAAAGGAAGUGGAAGUCAUGGCGGCAGCACUGGUGGUUUUGGCGGAACUGGCAGUGGCAGCGGAUUUGGCACAGGCGGCGGCGGUAGCAGCGGCUUCGGCACAGGCGGUAGUGGCAGCGGCUUCGGCACAGGCGGUAGUGGCAGCGGCUUCGGCACAGGAGGCAGUGGCAGCGGCUUCGGCACAGGCGGUAGUGGCAGCGGCUUUGGCACAGGAGGCAGUGGCAGCGGCUUCGGCACAGGCGGUAGCGGCAGUAGCUUCGGCACGGGAGGCAGGGGAAGUGGUAGCGGUGGGCACGGAGGGGGCCUUAGCACCAGCUACGGCCUGCCAAGCGCCUAGGCAGCAUCGACACUCGAGACGGCCAAAUUCUUCUGAAGUGAGCCUUUUCACGUCGAAACCUCCAGCUCUCAUUACUGAGCGUAAUUCUGAGCUUUCCAGGUCCUUUAGAAAGCCCUGUCGAUACAUGCAGAAUUGUA